AUGACCAAGGAUAAACACCAUGAUGCUGCUCAUGAAAUUAUUGAGACAAUUCGGUGGGUCUGUGAAGAAAUCCCAGAUCUCAAGCUUGCUAUGGAAAACUAUGUUUUAAUUGACUAUGAUACGAAAAGCUUUGAAAGCAUGCAGAGGCUUUGUGACAAGUACAACCGAGCCAUCGAUAGCAUUCAUCAGUUGUGGAAGGGAACCACCCAGCCGAUGAAACUGAACACUCGUCCCUCCAACGGGCUCCUCCGGCACAUCCUGCAGCAAGUGUAUAACCACUCGGUGACUGAUCCAGAGAAACUUAACAACUAUGAGCCCUUUUCCCCAGAGGUUUACGGAGAAACUUCUUUUGACUUAGUGGCCCAAAUGAUAGAUGAAAUUAAAAUGACAGAGGAUGAUUUGUUUGUUGACUUGGGCAGUGGUGUGGGUCAGGUGGUGCUUCAAGUGGCUGCAGCCACAAACUGCAAACAUCACUAUGGUGUGGAGAAAGCUGAUAUCCCAGCCAAAUAUGCUGAGACGAUGGACAGAGAGUUCAGGAAGUGGAUGAAAUGGUAUGGGAAAAAACAUGCAGAAUACACACUGGAAAGAGGUGACUUCCUCUCAGAAGAAUGGAGAGAGAGAAUUGCAAACACAAGUGUUAUUUUUGUGAAUAAUUUUGCCUUUGGUCCUGAGGUGGAUCACCAACUGAAGGAGCGAUUUGCGAACAUGAAGGAAGGUGGGAGAAUUGUGUCCUCAAAACCUUUUGCACCUCUGAAUUUUAGAAUUAACAGUCGAAACUUGAGCGAUAUUGGCACUAUAAUGAGAGUUGUGGAGCUAUCACCACUGAAAGGGUCGGUGUCAUGGACCGGGAAACCAGUUUCUUACUACCUGCAUACUAUUGACCGAACCAUACUUGAAAACUAUUUUUCUAGUCUCAAAAAUCCAAAACUCAGGGAGGAACAAGAGGCAGCUAGACGUCGUCAACAACGAGAAAAUAAGAGCAACACAACUACUCCAACGAAGGUUCAAGAAAGCAAGGAUUCUGGUGCUGAAGAAGAAAAGGCUGGGGCAAAUUCUCUUAAAAAGCCAUCUCCCUCCAAAGCACGGAAGAAAAAGCUAAGUAAAAAAGGAAGGAAAAUGGCAGGCAGGAAACGAGGACGUCCCAAGAAAAUGAACACUGCAAAUACAGAGCGCAAGACCAAGAAGAACCAAACUGCACUAGAACUUCUGCAUGCUCAAACUGUUUCACAGACAUCUUCAUCCUCUCCUCAGGAUGCAUACAAGUCACCUCAUAGUCCAUAUUACCAACUACCUCCUAAAGUGCAACGGCAUUCAUCUAACCAGCUACUGGUGACACCUACCCCACCUGCACUACAGAAGCUGCUAGACUCUUUUAAGAUCCAGUACAUGCAGUUCAUGGCUUACAUGAAAACACCUCAGUAUAAAGCAAGUCUGCAACAGUUACUGGAGCAGGAAAAGGAAAAGAAUGCUCAGCUACUGGGGACAGCACAGCAGUUAUUCACCCACUGCCAGGCACAGAAAGAGGAAAUCAAACGUCUUUUUCAGCAGAAACUUGAUGAGUUGGGAGUUAAAGCUCUGACCUACAAUGACCUGAUUCAGGCUCAGAAGGAAAUCUCUGCUCACAAUCAGCAACUGAAAGAACAGACGAAACAGCUGGAGAAGGAUAACAGCGAACUCAGGAACCAGAGCUUACAGCUGCUUAAGGCACGGUGUGAAGAACUGAAGCUGGAUUGGUCAACGUUGUCACUGGAGAACUUGCUGAAAGAGAAGCAGGCGUUGAAGAAUCAGAUUUCUGAGAAACAAAAGCACUGUUUGGAACUGCAGAUCAGCAUUGUGGAACUUGAGAAAAGUCAAAGACAGCAGGAGCUCAUGCAGCUGAAAUCGUACACGCCGUCUGAUGAGUCACUGUCAGUACAGCUACGCAAUAAAAACCAUUUGAGCCGUGAUCCUGAGGCCGAUCACAGCAGGUUCCACCUGGAGCUUGAAUGCUCUAAGUUUCCUAUGCCCCACAUCAACGGCAUGAGCCCUGAACUGUCCAUGAACGGCCAUGCUACACCCUAUGAAAUUCAUAACACUUUUAGCAGGCCCUCUUCCAAGCAGAACACCCCUCAGUACACCACCUCUCACCUGGACCAAGAAAUAGUUCCGUGUACCCCAAACCACAGCAGCAGACAGAAGGCAGACAAGAUGACAAGCUUGUCCUUACCUGAUUAUACCAGGUUUUCCCCAGCUAAAAUAGCACUGAGGAGACACUUGAAUCAAGACCAUGCAGUCAAUGGAAAAGCAACAACUAAUGAGAUACAGAGAGCUGACCACGUCAAAGAGAAUGGCCUUACAUAUCCAAGCCCUGGUAUUUCAAAUGGCAUAAAGCUGAGUCCUCAGGAAACUCGGCCCUCUUCCCCAGCGGCCUUACCAAUUGCAGGCGAGAAGGUUUUGAGAGAGAGAACCUCUGUGAGUAAUGGAGAAACUAUCACCAGCCUACCUAUCAGUAUUCCUCUCAGCACAGUGCAGCCCAAUAAACUCCCUGUUAGUAUCCCUCUGGCCAGCGUAGUCCUACCUAGCCGUGUUGAGAAGGUGAGAAGCACACCUAGCCCAGUUCAUCAGAGUAGAGACUCAUCGACACUUGAAAAGCAGAUUGGUGCUAGUUCUCAUAAUGGCGUAAGCAAUGCUGCUGGAAACAAGCCACUGGCUUUGGCUACCUCAGGACAUGUAAAACAAUCCCCUUCCAACAAGCACAGUCCUCUGCCCACGAGCGCUCGGCUGGACUGUGGCCAAGCACACGCGCAGGAUGGGAAGAAGCGAGGCCGGCGGAAGAGAUCCUCUACUGGGAAUCUCAGCGGGAACUCCGGGGUCUCCCCUAAACGCAAAUCCUUACCUACUGUGUCUGGACUCUUUACGCAACCAUCAGGUUCACCGCUCAAUAUCAACUCCAUGGUCAAUAACAUUAACCAGCCUUUAGAAAUAACAGCCAUUUCCUCUCCUGAAAACUCCCUGAAGAACUCUCCUGUUCCUUACCAGGACAAUGACCAGCCCCCGGUACUGAAAAAGGAAAAGCCCAUCAUUCAGACCAACGGCGUUCAUUACUCUCCUCUAACAUCAGAUGAAGAGCAGGGAUCUGAAGAUGAGCACAAUAGCAGCAGAAUUGAAAGGAAAAUUGCAACAAUAUCGUUGGAAAGCAAAUCUCCGCAGAAGACUGUUGAAAAUGGUGGCAGCUUAUCUGGGAGGAAACAAGCACAAAGCAACGAGAACAUGAAUAGCAGUAAAUGGAAAUCUACUUUUUCACCAAUAUCUGACAUCAACCUGACCAAAACUACAGACAGUCCCUUGCAGUCGGUUUCAUCUCUGAGCCAGAAUUCGCUGUUUGCCUUCAAGCCGUCCUCUGAGGAUAGCCUUGCCAUCGACGCCAAGAUCACAGCACACACAAGGAAAAGCAUUGCCAUGCCCUCGUCUGGGGCAGAUGGGCUCAGCCCUAGCACAAACUCCACUAACGGAUUCACGUACAAUGGCGGACUGUCAACUGACAUUGGUUUACACAGCUUUAUCGAUGGUGCUUCUCUUCCACAUAAGGCUUCAGACGUGACAACUUCCAACUGUUCCCUGAGUUUCCAGUCGCAGCGAAGCAAAGAUGUGGGGGUAUCGGAAACGAAUCCGUUUUUGAACAAGAGGCAACUCGAAGGCCUCAGCGGCACGAAAGGAGAAGACUUAAACCGGUCAGGGGUCAAAGGCAAAGAGAUCAGCGAAAUAAGCAUUCGUACUGGGGGUUCUUCAGAAAAAAACUCUUUGCAGCAUAACGGAAAGGUCGGCAAAGGAAGGGACCGAGAUGUGGAGUUUAAAAAUGGCCACAACCUUUUCAUUUCUGCUGCUGUUUCAUCUGGUGGCCUUCUGAAUGGUAAAAGCCUUUCUACUGCUGUUUCUUCGGCAGGCAACCCAGCAUCUUCUGUUCAGACGCACCAUCCUUUCCUAAACACUUUGACCACUGGAUCACAGUUCCCCCUCGGCCCCAUGGCCUUGCAAGCAAACCUCAACUCGGUGACAAAUUCCUCAGUAUUGCAGUCCUUAUUUAAUUCAAUGCCAGCUGCUGCCAGUCUGGUCCAUGUGUCAUCAGCUGCAACCAGACUGACUAAUUCUCACACUAUGGGGAACUUCUCUCCUGGGGUUACAGGUGGAACAGUUGGAGGUAUUUUUAACCAUGCGGUGCCUUCUGCCUCCUCUCCUCAUCAAUUUGGAGCCAGUUUCAGCAGCAGUGCUGUCUCUAGCAGCACAGUGCUAAGCUUAAACCCUCUGCAGGCUGUUGCCAGCACCUCAUCCUCAUCCUUUCCACCCCCUUCCUCUAAUUUAGUAACAUCUAGUGAGACUAGAUCUGCUCAGCACCUCAACAGAGCGCCAGUGCAAUCUGUUUUCCAUUCCCCUCCGCCCCCUCCUAACGUUUCAUUGCCCCCACCUCCUCCAUUACUUGCUUCUAACUCCGAGCCUGCACUUCUGCAGAACCUGCCAUCCAUCCCACCUAGCGAAGCUUUUUUGCCAUCCUCUUCUGCUGCUUCUGUCCAAUCUGCUAACGCUUCUUUGUCUAUUAAGCUAGCUUCUCUCCAGCACAAAACCUCCCGCCCCUCCUUUACAGUCCAUCACCCACCUCUGCCCCGUUUGGCGCUGGCACAGUCCGCGCCCAUGAUCACGCAGUCCAACGCAGCUGGCACGUCCGCUAUGUGGGUUACACUUGGCAUGCAGUCUCCUUAUGCUUCGCACCUUUCUGGGGUUAAGCCACGAUAA